ACUCCACUUGCCACCUAUCUUUGCAACUCUCGAACAGCGGCAUUGCGCUCUCUCUCUCUCUCUCUCUAGAUUCUUCUAUCGAAAACACAAUUUUUUCCGAUAAUGGGUUCUAUGCUUGGUGACUGGCCUUCCUUUGAUCCUCACAACUUCAGCCAACUUCGACCUUCCGAUCCUUCAAAUCCUUCUAAGAUGAUGCCGGUCACUUAUCAUCCUACCCACGAUCGGACUGUUCCACCACCUAAUCAAGUGAUAUCUUCGGAAAGCAAAAAUAUACUUCUGAGACAUUUCUAUCAUCAUGCUGAAGAGAAGUUGAGACAGAAGAGAGCUGCCUCCGAACAUCUGACACCAGAGCAUGGAUACAAGCAUCCUAGGGCUUCUGCUUCAGAUACUCCUCCCCGCUGAGCCUUUUUGUUGUUGCUGGUCUUGGAGUUUUUCUGCAUGUCCAUGUAAAUAUUCUAAUCAUCAUAUCACAGAUCUGUCUGUUUGCUACAAGUUGAUAAGAAUUUUUUUGUUUAUUUGUUGUAAACUUAGAUAUGUACAUUUUGCAUAUGUACACUUGAUUAAAUAAAGUUGGUAAAUCCAGCUGCAGCCCAAUUGUUUCA